CUCGUCGGCAGAGCGACAACAAGAAGUCGACGAGAAAAGACUGUUUUGCAUUGUUGCGAGCUACAGAGACGGGGAAAUGGCCCUUUCGCCACUCAGGGAAACGGUUUUUGCCGUGCUGAAACGAAUGAACGUCGGCCAGCUGUCGAAAGAGAUACGUUCCACCAUGCCGUUCCUGGUGCCCUUCCUAAAGAUGACGUGUAUACACUUUAUCCUCCUGCUGGACAAGGGCUCCUUCCCGGCAGCAGUCGUCAAGUGCCUCCCCCUCCUCUCCCUCAUCUGGUUCGUCUGUCUCCUCGGUGUCUCGGACCCUCACAUCCAUCGCUACAAUCGUCGUAUCGUGGCUGCCCUGUGCUGGUGCUGCGCGGGAGACCUGUUCCUCGUCUGGAGUGAAGCCAACGAAGUAUACUUUCUUCUCGGACUGGCCUCGUUUUCAGUCGGACAUUUCGUCUAUACUCUCGCGUUUGGAUGGAGACCAUUUGGAUUGAAGGAGUUUUUGUUUACGUUUUCAGUCGGAAUUCCCGGCCUAGCAGUCCUGGCAUCGUGUGUGACUGGAGUGAUGCGGUACCUAGCUCUUGGUUACGGCAUCCUGAUCCUAGUGAUGCAGUGGAGAGCUCUGGCCAGAUUCAACCUGAAAGGCGAGAUUCCGUGGAGGAAGAUAUACGCUGCCAUUGGAGCCACGCUGUUCGUCUUUUCCGACUACGUUUUAGCCGUCAACAAAUUCUGCUUCCCAGUUCCCGCAGAACAACAUGUCAUAAUGGUCUCCUACUACGCUGCGCAGUUUUUCAUUGCCCUGUCUGUCGUUAAUUCAACCUUUGUACUCUCACCGACAAACAGUACCGGUGUUGCCAGUAGCAACGACGAGAAAAAUCGAAAUUUUCACGUAAAUAGAACACUGAGUGAGGGUAACUUGACCACUAACAACAGAGUCCAUGGGAAGAUAAAAGAUGACGCAGACCUAAAGAAAAAUCGAAAUGACGGCUUUCACUUAAAUGGAACAGACACAGACUCGGUCCAAGACUGAAACCGAUCAAACCAAACGUUUAUGUUUACUGUUAUUUCAUCAGCAGCGUUUUGUUUGUGUUUGUGUUUACAGCUCAGCAUUGUGUGUAUAUUUAUGUUUACUCAGCAACCUUUGUGUUUACAGCUAUUUAUCAUUCUUCAGCAACAUUUUAUUGUGUGUUCCAUGCCAUUUCAUCAUACAUCCACACAUUGAAAGAUCUGUCAUACAAUGACAUGUAAUGUUCACGGCUGCAAUCAGUCAUGAAUAUCAUUAUUGCCAACUCACAUUGAGAAGAACAUCCAGCACAUGUGUAUUUACAA